CUGAAGAUAGGCUAAACUGCUAAACUAACAAAACAAAAGUAACAUCAGUAACAUGAUUUACUGAUUUUAAAUUUUAAAGUGUUAGAGGCCUACAAAGUAUGACAGCUUGCCUUGAUAAUAGUACUCUAUAAUCUAUGGGUAAUUCACGAUUUAGCGUCGGAAUUUAUCUGGAGCACAGGCAAGUUUUGUAACCAAAGAGUCAUGAACACUGACAACCUUGAACUGUGUGGAAAACUUAUUCCCAUGGCUUAUGUCUCCCAGGGAUCUCAAGCAAGAGUUUCACACGAAAACAAAAUCAAACAAUUACUCCAACAUCGGAAACUUCCAGAUUCAGGAUGGGAUAAUCAAACCAUAGAACUUUUACUACAAGAACUGGCAGUUAUGGACAGCAACAACUUCCCCGGCAACUGUGGGGUUGGAGAGAGAGAGGGUAGGAUAGCUUCCCCUCUAGUAGCACAAAGACAUUACAGGUUGUGUCACGGUAUAGGACGGUCAGGGGACAUCACUGCUGUCCAACCAAAGGCUGCAGGCUCUAGUAUUCUAAUGAAGCUCACCAACUGUUUAGCAUUAGAUAUCAUUAAACUUGCAGGUAUUCAUUCUGCAUCAAGUUGUUUUGUGGUUCCUAUGGCCACAGGAAUGUCAUUGGUCCUAUGCAUGCUUACUAUGAAGCUACAAAGGCCAAGUGCAAAAUAUGUUCUCUGGCCACGAAUAGAUCAGAAAUCUUGUUUCAAAUCUAUGGUCACUGCUGGAUUUAAACCAAUAGUUGUUGAAAAUGUUCUGGAAGGAGAUGAAUUGAGAACUGACAUUGUCACACUAAGGAGCAAAGUGAAAGAGUUAGGGCCUGAAAACAUAUUGUGCAUCAUGUCAACAACCAGCUGCUUUGCUCCAAGAGUGCCAGACAGGUUAGAAGAGAUUGGUGUUUUAUGCAAGGAAAAUGAUAUACCUCACCUAGUAAACAAUGCCUAUGGACUUCAAUCUUCUAAGUGUACCCAUCUCAUUCAGCAGGCAGCCCGCGUGGGAAGGGUGGAUGCCUUUGUCCAAAGCUUGGACAAAAAUUUUAUGGUCCCUGUUGGUGGCUCUAUUAUUGCUGGCUUUGAUCAAAAGUUUGUGGAUGAAAUUGGGAAAUCUUAUCCAGGCAGAGCCUCAGCAACACCAUCAAUGGAUUUGUUUAUUACCUUGUUGUCUCUUGGGGCCCAGGGAUAUAAAAGUUUACUCCAGGAAAGAAAACAGAUGUACAACUACCUUGCCACAUCACUGGCUCAGUGUGCUGCUAAAUUUGGUGAACGAUUACUGCAAACAAAAAAUAAUCAAAUCUCUUUAGGCAUAACACUGACUCUAGAGGAUGGUGUCAAAGGUGAAAAAGCUACUGAAAUCGGAUCAAUGUUAUUUACAAGAUUUGUUUCUGGUACAAGAGUUGUAGCACCUGGUCAAGAAAGUGAGGUUUGUGGACACAGCUUCAAGAACUUUGGUUCCCACAGCAACAAUUACCCUUGUACAUAUUUGACAGCUGCUGCUGCCAUAGGGAUGACCAAAUCUGACGUGGACUUGUUCAUUGGCCGAUUGGAUAAAAUUUUUACAAGAAUGAAACACAAGCUAGUUGAAACGAAUACUGAAACCACUCAACUACCAGCUGAAAAAAAUGAUUCUGAGCAGGGUUUAAAUAAUUUAAUUUGCCUCUCACUAGCAGACAAGUAAACCACUGAGUUAUUUUACAAACUUCUCAGUGUACCAUAAUUAAUUGGUUAUUUCCUUUUAGAACAUUCCAUUUCCUUUGGAAAAAGUGGGAAAAAAUACAUCCACACAAGUGUCAGCAGUAAAAGAUGUUGGCUGAAUUGAAUGUCAUUUUAUGCUGAUCUUAUCUCAACUCCAGUUUGAAUAGUUUAUUUAAAAGUUAACAUUUAUAAUACUAAAAGCUUAGAGGUGCA